AUUGUGGGAAAUUAAAAUAUCUGCCCACAGGGCUACACUGCUGCGCCAGCUUGAAGACAUUGGUACUUGGUGAGUUCUGGGAGGAGCUCGAUUCCUUCCCUUAUUUCCAUCUUGAAACUGGAUCAUCACAACUUCAAACAUUAAUUUUGACCGGGUGGCCCAAGCUCAAGUCUCUGCCUCAACAAAUUCAAGACUUCACUUCUCUAACAUAUUUGGGGAUAGAGUGUUUCGAUGGAGUGGAGGCUCUUGAGGAUUGGCUGGGUAACCUUACAUCCCUUACGUGGUUGGAUAUUCGGUAUUGCAAGAAGCUGAUGUAUCUACCUAGUGUCGAAGCUAUGCAACGCCUCACCAAAUUACAAACCCUAAGAAUUUGGGAAUGUCCCCUUCUGAAGGAAAAAUGCACCAAGGACAGCGGCCCAGAGUGGCCCAAGAUUUCUCACAUUCCAGAUAUCCGCAUUGUGUGACCAGACAGCAGACAGAUUGACUCUAUGCGUACAAUGAAUUCGUAAUAGCUCCAACUUUGACAGUGAAGAAAUGUAUUGCAAGGCAAUGCUUCUCGGUAUUUGUGGAUUCUUUAUCACCACUUGUUUAGAGGGCCUAAGGGGGUGGUUAGAGAGAGAUUGAUAUAGAGCAGAUUUUAUUUGCAUCGUAACAACUUAAUUGAAACAGAACAAGGAAAUGAAUAUGUUGAUGCAAACAUGCAGGACUUUUCAGAUUUUGAACCUACAUUUUUUAGCAUAUUCAUCAUCUCCGAGGACAAAAAAUGAAGUGGAGUUGAGUUCAUUGUUUCUUUGAAUGCAGUGAUAACCGGUGACAAAUAUUAACAUCUUAAGCAUCAGUUUCAGUACCAAUAUUGUUAUGACAUACCAUGUUCUCUAAUGCCGGGAUGUGCGUAUAACUUUUGUUGGUUUGGCAUGUCAACCCAUUUCUUGUCUGUAAUUGAUAUAACCUUCAAGUAAUUUGAAACAUACUGGAUUUAAUGUGGGAUCAUGGAGAUUUUCUUGAUUAGUAGUGUGGGAUUUAAUGUGAAUCUUGAAAUUGUUGAACCGUUGUCGUUUUUCUUGUUCGAUAACAGCAGAGAGUCCCCUUCCCCUGUUCCUAGAGUAUUUACCAAGUCUUUCUUAAUGGACCGUUGAGUAGCUGCAGUAUCACAGGAAUCAGGUAGAAACUCAUGCCUGCGUCGUGCCAUACACCUUCAUGUUUCCAUCUCAACAAAUCUUGCUUUGAAUCCUGUGGCCCGAAUCUAGUACUUUUCAACUGUUGCGGUCUGGAAUCAAGAGAAGCACAGAGAAAAGAAGCAUAAGAAGGAAAAAAGGACAAAGAGAAGAGAGAAAGUAAAGAAAAAAGUGAGAAAGACAGAAGUGAUGGAAAGCAUCGGGAAAAGAAAGACAAGAAGGGAAAAAACAGAGACAAGAAGAAGGAUAAGGAGAAAGACAGGGACCCCGUUAAAGAUAAAAUUAGUCCUUCAGAUGAGGAGAAAUCCGGGGAAAACUGAGAGUUUUGGUGCAGAGAAAUUCAUUCCUAAAGAGUACAAAGAUAACUGUGUUGACAAGAGAAAUACUGGGCAAGUUGGAGGUUAUCAGGCCGAGAAGCUCAGUCAAAAUCGUCAUCUGGCUGAGGAGAACCACAAUUCUGUAUUGUUGGAGUUGGGUAGGAGAACUAAAGAUGAGGCCAGAGGAAUUGGUAACCAUGUGGUUGAGAAGAUUUCUGAAUCAGACCGAAAGAAGGAUGAGGGGAUGGUCAGAUUGGUGGCUAAGGAUGCUGACAUUUUGGCCGAAGUCAAGGAAAAGAACAAGGACAAGAGAGUUGAUGACAGAAAGACGGAUGGGCAAGGCAUCAGGGUUGCAGCACAAAUUAGUGGGAACACAAUGGUUCAGAACCCUGUUUGUAUGGUUGAAACUAAAGUUGAAGGGCUUUCCAGACCAUUGGGGAGCAACGUGGAUAGAAAGAUUGAUGGAAAAGAAAAGACCAAAGAGAAGGAAGGUGAUGAUAAACGAAGAGAGAAACGCAAGGAGAAAGAUAGAGAGAAGAAAAAACAAGGGAAAGACAAGGAUAAAGAAAAGAAAAAGGAAGCGAAAUCAAAGGAGAAAAAUGAAUCUAAGAAUGCAGAGCCAGGUAAAGAGAAGAAAAAGGAAGAGAAAGCAAAGGAGAAAAAUGAAUCUAAUAUUGCAGAGCUGGAUAAAGAGAAGAAAAAGGAACAGAAAGCAAAGGAGAAAAAUGAAUCUAAGAAUGCAGAGCCAGAUAAAAUAAGAAAGAGCAAUAAAGAGGAUCAUAUAGACCCUCAUUACGUUAUAACCUCCCAACUUCCGAAAGACAGCAACAAAAGUGCUGGUGCUGAUGGAAAUCUUAAGAAAAGGAAGGACUUGCAGACAAAUGGAGUUUUGCAUGCCAAUGACAUUAGGCCUAGUAAACUGCCACGACCCUCUUCUUCCUCUCAUCCAUUAACGGUAAAUGGAAGAACAGUGGAACCUUGCCAAACUUCCACCCCGUAUGUUUCAGAUAGGCUGGGAUCAGCAAAUAAUGUUAAGGUGGACAAUAAGGACUGCAAGAUAAAUGGCAUCAUUGAAUCUCCGUCAUUGUCUGUCUCCCCUGCAAAGCUGACUUCUACAGCUGCACAGGCUGUUCCUGUUGCCAAAGCAUCUGUGAGACCGCCCCAUCCAGAUUCCAGAUAUCUAAGCCAGGUUUAUUUGGUUCCAAAGGUGGACGAAGUGCCUGAUUAUGAUGAUGAAGAUUGGUUGUUUGGGUGCAGUGGUAACCAAUCAAAGAAGCCCAAGGUGGAAUCUUCAGGGGUUGAGGAGACACCUGAGGUAUGGUCAGAGGCUCUGCGGAUAGAGUCUGCUGAUGUUCACGCUCUACCGUAUGUCAUUCCAUAUUGAUUGACUCCAAUGGGCAUGCUUCACCGCUUCACCUCCUAAUUCUGAUGCGGGCAACCCUCGAUAGGACCACACUAGACCAAAGCUAGAAAGGCAUCUGGCCACCUUGGACAUAUAUUUAGAGUUUUCUAGCUGCAUUCAUCUGUGAUUGCACUCUGUUGCAGUGAGUACGACUAAUGGUCUGCUUCGUCAAACAGUCAUAAAUGCAAAGGUUGCAAGGGUCACUCACACGUUAUGGCUUGCUCCAGGACCGGGCGGGCUAUUUGGAUUCAAGGGCUGGUUUUCCCCAACAGCUAAUUCAUUCAAAACGGAAAUUUUCGUAAGUGCGACCAAGUGAAGGGUUGCGUAGAAAAGGAGAUAGAUAUAUAAAAGCUUGUGCAAUUUUUGUUUUCAUUUACUUAGGAGCUGAGAAGCUCAUUUCUAAUUGAGCAUUUAAGAGAAACUAGCCACAAUUUUGAUUUGUAACAUAGAACUCUUAUUUACAAGAAAUGUAAGAUAGAAGGAAAGGGAAAGUAGUUGCAUUC